AAAGCUAGGAAAUUCAGUGUGACUUAAGUUUUUCUAUUUUAUGCGCGCUUUUGGCUGCAGUGCGGGUAUUGCUGUUGCCAAAAUCAUGAUGUACAUUGUUGUGAUGUGUGCUGAUAAGCACCUUUAUGUAAGCCCUGGAGCAAAGCAUGUUUGUGAGAUUCUGUAUGGAUCUGCCUCACCAUCAUGUAACUGCAUGAAAUGGGGAGCAUUACUGACUAUGGCAGCCAUAGUGCUGUGUCUGGAUGUGGGCUUUUCAAUGAACAAUGCAGCUCCUGGUGAGGAGUCUCCACUUGAACAAGCCAAGAAGGUUAUGACAAAAUUUUUGCAGCGACAGGUUUUUGCUGAGAGUAGAGACGAAGUUGCCGUAGUUUUGUUUGGCACAGAUGGUACCAAGAAUGACCUUGCUAGUGGGGAUCAGUAUCAAAACAUUACUGUAUAUAGAUCACUGAUGCUACCAGAUUUUGAUUUGCUGGAGGAUAUUCAAAAUGUGAUUCAACCAGGCUCUGAGCAAGCAGACUUUCUGGAUGCAAUAAUUGUGUGCAUGGACUUGCUUCAGAAGGAAACAAUAGGAAAGAAGUGUGAGAGGAGACACAUUGAACUGUUUACAGACCUUAGCAGUCCUGUCAGUGAGGAUCAGCUGGAAAUCAUCAUUGCUAACUUGAAGAAAACAGGAAUUUUGCUUCAAUUUUUCCUGCCAUUUCCAGUGGAUGCUGAUGAUGGAGGUGGAGAUACAACUGCCAGCGCACAUUCUCAUGUGCACAGAAACUCUUUUGCAAUAAAAAGGAUAACUGAGCAUCAGAAGGAAAGUAUCCAAGUGGUAAAGAAAUUGAUGCAUACUUUGGAUGAAGGAGGAGGGCUGGAAGAAAUCUACACUUUCAGAGAGAGCCUGGAGCGUCUUUCGAUGUUUAAGAAAAUGGAAAGAAGAAGUGUGGCUUGGCCUUGCCAGUUAACUAUUGGUUCUAAUUUGUCUAUAAGGAUUGUGGCUUACAAAUCUCUUACAGAAGAAAAGGUGAAAAAAACUUGGACAGUUGUAGAUGCUAAAACCCUCAGAAAAGAUGAUGUGCAAAAAGAAACGGUUUACUGCUUAAAUGAUGAUGACGAGACAGAAGUUCAGAAAGAUGACACUAUUCAAGGAUUUCGCUAUGGCAGUGAUAUAGUUCCUUUUUCCAAAGUAGAUGAAGAGCAAAUGAAAUACAAAACUGAGGCAAAAUGUUUUUCUGUUUUGGGAUUCAGCAGAUCCUGUCAGAUCCGGAGGCAGUACUACAUGGGCAACCAGGUUCUGAAGGUCUUUGCAGCAAAAGAUGAUGAGAGUGCUGCAGUUGCUUUUUCUGCCCUUAUCCAUGCAUUGGUUGAGUUGAAAGUAGUCGCCAUAGUGCGUUAUGCUUAUGAUAGAAGAUGUAACCCGCAGAUUGGCGUAGCCUUUCCAUAUAUUAAGGAUGCAUAUGAGUGUCUCAUCUAUGUGCAACUACCCUACAUGGAAGACUUAAGACAGUAUAUGUUUUCCUCCUUGAAAAACAACAAAAAAUAUAUUCCUACAGAGGGUCAGCUAUCUGCAAUUGACUCAUUGAUUGAUUCUAUGAAUUUGGUUUAUGAAGAUGAUGAUGGAGAAAGUUUUGAGGAUCUGUUUAAGCCUAGCAAAAUCCCAAACCCUCAUUUUCAGAGAUUGUACCAGUGCUUGCAGCAUAAGGCUUUUUUCCCCAAUGAACCAUUGCCGCCAAUUGAACCGCACCUUUUAGAGAUGCUGGAGAUGCCCUCUGUGGUGAAAGAAAAAUGCCAGGCUCCUCUUGAAAAAAUAAAAGCACUCUUUCCCCUCAAGGAUGUUGGCAAGAAAAAAGAAGACAAGACUGCUCAAGACAUGUUCAAAGACUACAAUGAAGAUGGACCCAAUCCUAAGAAGCCAAAAGCUGAAGAUGAAGAAGGUAGCUUUCGCAUCAUAAGCAUUGCUGAAGGCAUUAUCACCUCUGUUGGCAGUGUUAACCCAGCAAAAGACUUUCAAACUCUGGUGAGGCAGAAAAAUGCUGACUUUAAAGAAGUGAGUCAGCAGUUGAUAAACCGCAUUGAUCAGUUUUUGGAAAAUAAAGGUUCACAGUACUACAUGAAAGGCAUCAAUUGUAUCAAAGUUUUCAGAGAGGAGGCAAUAAAGUUGUCCAAGGUGCAGUGCUUUAAUGAUUUUCUACAGGCCCUGAAGUCAAAGGUGGAAGAUAAAGCCUUAGCUGAUUUCUGGGAGAUAAUGAUGCAAGAUAGAAUUUCUUUGAUCACUAAAGAUGAAGCAGAAGGAAGUUUGGUGACUAGUGAAGAAGCUGAAAAGUUCUUGACCUCAAAAGAAAAGCAAAAUGAAACUCCGCCUGCUACAGAUGAAGGUGGUGACGUUGAUGAUUUGCUGGACAUGAUGUGACCAGGCAGUAUAAGGUGACCAUACCGGUGAAGGUUUGGAAGAGAUCUCCCGGUGAGAUGGGGCACAAAACAAGAUGCCAAGAAGAAGACAGUGUUCGUCUUUAUUUUCUCAAGUGAGAACAGAAGUUCCAGAGACAUUUCCAAUUGGUGUAAAUGGCAUCUGUUUGUCAAAACUAGAACAGAAGAUUGGAAUAAUCUGAAGUAUUUUUGGAGUAAUGAUAUCUUCAAGGCAUCUCUUUUUUGCUUUAGCACACUGAAUCUAGUUUAUCCCUGGUAUUCCUUCCAGCUAGACACCAGGAAAUUUAAUGAGAGCCUGUACUGGCACCUGACAUCCUUGUUACAUUGCCUGAGAAGGAGGAUAAAAAUGUCACAAUGAAGUUACCAGGUAAUGUAGUACCUUUAGUGGAGAUAACUCCAUAACAUUAUAGACAGGGAAGGAAAAAGACUUUAUGUUCAUGGUUUUCUCCUGUAAAAAGGCAGAAAAAAAGUUUAUUCACAAAAUAAUGAUUUGAAAUAUAAAAUAAUUUAAAGUACAUAGCAAAACAGGAUUUUUUUUUCUGUCCAUUUCUGUUAUGGGCUGUCAUGUUCUGUGUCCUGUGAUUCCCUCCCCACUGACGCACAGAUUUUUAACUAGUACAGUUACUGUAGUAGAUAUUCCUGGGGCUGAAAGAAUGAAUGCAUCAGUUACAUCCCCAUUUUUUACAUAGCUGAUGACUAGUAACUCAAAGCAGAAGAAUCCAUAAAAGCUGUACGUGAAACCUGUGGUAGAUACUGAUGAUAGUUAACAGCAGCAGCCCAAAUGGACUAUCCGUACAAAACAAUCCAAAAUAGUCAAAUACAGCUCAGAAAGAGAUACUGACAUGUAAUUUACAGAUCUAAAGAGACAGUAAUAACAUCUUCACAAAUGCUUGUUUGUUAUGGCCCGAUUCAUUCCUUAAAAAGCUGUUCUUUUGUUACUGCAAAUGUAUAAAUAUACUGUGCAAAAUGUGUUGAGACCAUAGAAAAUAUAGAAAUAAUGAGCUGUAGUUGAAAGGUGCUUUGGUUUGGAAUAUCUGUAUUUUCUAUUGAAGAACAACUGUAUGAGAAAUGGUGAUUGCUCUUGCCCAUACCUCCCUACAUAGAAACCUUCUCUCUUUCCUCUCUUAUGUUCCAUCCUUAGUUCAUGCAGACUUUGAAGAGAUUUCUCGAAUACUGAUGGACAGGGAGCAGGUCUCUAGACCUUUAGAGCUUUUGUGUCACUAGAAGAUAUUUUUAUUAAUUGUAAAUAAGAAACAGUUGGUCAGUCCAUUGUUUUUGUCUUUUGGGGUCAAUUUGUGGGGCAUAUGACUGGCUGGAGUUUUCUAUGUUUUCUUAAUUGGUUUGAUUAAAAAAUUUGUAAUGGAUUGCUUAUGUUUUCUUUUCCUAAA